GAUGUGAGACGAGAACACAGAAAAAACUACGUACAUCGCUGUACAAGCUUAACGGCAAAAAAUAGAGAUGCUGUACGUCGUUCUCUCUGUCCUGUCGUUGCCUUAAAUUAUUCAAUAUUUUUUGUUCUUGCGUACGAGAACCAUACUUCAUUCGAGCAAACCCUUUACCUUGAGAUAUCCAACCAUCUCUCUUUUCGAACGACCAAAUCGAUCUACACCAAUAAUCUCUUUUCUUAUCUACAUCGUAACAAAGCAAGAGAGCGAGAACACUUCGACAUUGAUGCAUAGCACUAAACAAUAAGUAAAUGGAGUAGGCAAAAGACCAUUAUGGAGAGAACUGGCCCGAUCGAAUAUGGAAACGGUGGGAUGAGACGUUGCAAUCCCGAUCAGGAGGAAUCCUCCACCGCGCAGGAUUGUAGUGGAUCUUCAACGUUUACAAGAGGAGAACAAGCACAAUCGGAUUAUCGUGCUUCUAUCAUCCGAACAUCUUUGACACCCCAGCACACGCCGAACCAAAUUCCGGCAGGCGAACGAAUCGUAGAAAGUUGGAUCCAACAAAGCCUGUCGAUGCCAUCAGCAAUCAACGAACCCAACGAAUCCACUAGCACAAACCAUCUCGCUGAUAGAAAUAGUUUGUUUACAACAACAACAUCAUCGCUCACGGCAAUUUCAGGACUCGACGGCUUCAACGAUGCCUCGAAUACAACUGCACACCAUAGCCGACAGAACAGCCUUGAUAGUUAUUCAUUUCUUACUCAGGGUUGCAGUAAUGCGGAUGGACCUAGAAACAACGAAAUGGGGUCGACUCUUUCUCACCCCUACGGAGAGGUAUUGUGGGGGAGUAACUCUGUGAUGACGACCGCAGACGAGUCGUUUUUUACAUCCUCUAAUUCCUUGUUUUUGCCCGCCGUUCAAGACCCAGUCGGAGAAGCCGGUGCAACCGGCAGCGUCAACGUCAACGUCGUGUCGUCAGACAUUCACGACGCGGCACGAAUUGGGAACUGGGAAACGGUGGCGAGGUUGUGCGAAGAGAAACCAGAGUCAGCUGCCUACAUCGGAGGAGAUGCCUGGACGGCCCUUCACCACGCCUGCAACCGACGGUGUCCGUAUCCAAAAGUAGUGGAAGCUCUGAUAAAUGCCUACCCCGAUGCUCUAUUGAUCGCCGAAGAAAAAGGAUGGCUCCCACUCCAUUAUGCAUGUCGAUUCAAAGCUCCGAAGGCUGUGGUCGAAUUGCUUUUGCACAUGUAUAAGGAUAAGGGUAACCUGGCUGUCUCGAAAC